AUGUCUCCACACAACAGCUCUUCGUCCUCUUCGUCAACCGAGGGUUCAGCCUACCCUUGGAUAUUGGAGCACCUCCUAACCUAUCCCAGCACAUAUGAAAUACCUUUACGUACGAUGUAUACUCUGAAUUCUGCACCCUCUGCGCAGCAACCUCCUCGUCAAUCGACUCGUGUCGAUACUCCGUCCUUGUCCUCAUCCGCCUCUAGCCUUGACGGUUCUCCACAGACACCAGAGUUUCCUGUGGAUCCAAAGCAUCAUCUACCGCAAGCCACCGCAACAGAUCAUUUUAAACAGUGCUUGAUGGAACACAUCAGCCAAUUGCCCUCGCAGCCAUGUUCACUGCCUCCGGCGUUCAUCACUUCUUUCGUCCGACGGUGUUUUACAGAAGACUUGGCUAUGGUUGAUUUCACUCAGUCCCUGACCGCGCUCGAUUACUUGAAAGAUCUAGAGAACAGGAGGAAGAGAGAGCUGACUGCGGUCUUGCAACGUCUCGGCAUAGAUGAAGACGUUGUGUCUGAGCGGAGGGCGGAAAUCAGCUACAAUUCUCGGAUUUCAGAAUGGGUAAAUGGGAUGCAUGACAAAGAGCGAAAGGUUGAGGCGCUAUACACACAAGUCUACAUUGGCCUUCGCCGCUGGACUUUGAUCAAUGAGAUGCGUCUAGAACCAUUCUCAAAGGCCAAUAGCAUAGCGAUGCUGAACACGCUCUACCCACCUGCCACUGUCUCGCCACCUACGAGACAGCUGACCCAGCAUAUCCUCUCGACCCAAAGAGCCGCUUUUUUUAGAUACAUCACCGGCGUCGAGAACAACGGUAGAGAAAUCCUUAAAAACUUGGAGCUUCAAGGAGCUAAGCCUGAAGACCGAAAUGGAUGGAAGGCUGUUCGUGAAGUAGUCGAUAAGUAUCUACGGACUGCCAAUGGUCUCAUUGACGAGUGUGGAGAAGUCACUGGUGCCUCUUACUUCUCACCAGAGGCUGUAUCACGUCGCCGAAAUGAACGUAAAGCAGACUCCGGUGUCAGCUUUGCAACAAGCGAUCGUCCUUCCACCAGCAGUAGCGACCACAGCCACUCGAACAUUCCAACCACGAUCAAUAAACCGCUUCCAGCCUCACCGCCCAGCCUUCAAAAGGCCAACACCAUGCCAACAACAACGUCGAAGAAAAGGGAGCGUACGCCAUUUACAACCCUCGAGAAGAUUGCUCGCGAAAUCCGAAGCUUUCGCGGACGUAAUGACGUGAAAGAAAUCUCCAAUGGGAACAUCGGCUUAAUCACAGACCUCGAUUACCACACCACUACAAACGGCAAGGAAUCGAGCAAGCCUUCCAAAGGCCUACGAAAGAUGAAAUCUACUUCAUCAAUCCGUGACCGAGAGAACGGGAGUGGACGAUCAUCGCAACUCCAUUCUCGCAAUAACAGUAAUGAUGAGCCGAUGCCUGAUUUUGAUUUCGAUGCCCGAAGGCGGCAAAUGAUUCGAGAAGCAAACAAAGAAAAGGAGGGUAGGGCAGCGCUUUUGGAGAGAAACAAACUCAAUGGCGCGAGUCUUCCAAGACAAACAGCAAAAGCGAGGGCUUUUGAUUAA